GGGAACUGAUAAUCAAAUGACAGAAACGUUAUUGGGGUAAAAUCAAUUUGCGCAUGACAACCCCAUACUUAGUACCGUACGAAAACUACACGACAUAGGACCCGCUUUACGUCCGCGCUAACAAAACUCGUUGAAAAUGCUUACAUCAAAAUGGUAGAGUCGCUACAAAUGUUCUUAUUCCUGUUUAAAUCUAAAUACAGACGAAAAUUCUCAUGGUUCUCGCCGUUCCUGUGUUCAGUACUCAUAGUGUUAUUGUUUUGCAAUGAUGCUCUCGCUAGGUGUAGUAACCAUAACUGCAUAAAUGGAGACUGUAAAAACGAAACCUGUGUGUGUAAAGAGGGCUGGCAAGGUCCAGAAUGCCAGUACUGCGGAGGGAAAAUCAAUCUCACAGACACCUUUGGGGUCAUAACGGACGGCCCCGGCAACUACAGCGUGAGCACGCAAUGCACGUGGCUAGUGGCGCCCCCCCGCCUAGGCCCGUCGCCGCCGGCGGUCCGCAUCCGACUGGAGUCAUUCUCCACCGAGUGCGGGUGGGACCAUCUCUACGUGUAUGACGGGGACAGCGUGCGCGCUGUGAGGCUGCUAGCCAUUUUUAGUGAUGUAGACACUUUUGGGGUCAUAACGGACGGCCCCGGCAACUACAGCGUGAGCACGCAAUGCACGUGGCUAGUGGCGCCCCCCCGUCUAGGCCCGUCGCCGCCGGCGGUCCGCAUCCGACUGGAGUCAUUCUCCACCGAGUGCGGGUGGGACCAUCUCUACGUGUAUGACGGGGACAGCGUGCGCGCUGUGAGGCUGCUUGCCAUUUUUAGCGUGAGCACGCAAUGCACGUGGCUAGUGGCGCCCCCCCGCCUAGGCCCGUCGCCGCCGGCGGUCCGCAUCCGACUGGAGUCAUUCUCCACCGAGUGCGGGUGGGACCAUCUCUACGUGUAUGACGGGGACAGCGUGCGCGCUGUGAGGCUGCUAGCCAUUUUUAGUGAUGUAGACACUUUUGGGGUCAUAACGGACGGCCCCGGCAACUACAGCGUGAGCACGCAAUGCACGUGGCUAGUGGCGCCCCCCCGCCUAGGCCCGUCGCCGCCGGCGGUCCGUAUCCGACUGGAGUCAUUCUCCACCGAGUGCGGGUGGGACCAUCUCUACGUGUAUGACGGGGACAGCGUGCGCGCUGUGAGGCUGCUAGCCAUUUUUAGUGGUGUAAUGGAGCCAGGUGAAUCUGGUUGGACGCGGCAAGUGAUCGCACGGUCAGGGAGCGCGUUACUACACUUCUUUUCUGAUGAUGCCUUCGCUAUGGAGGGCUUCAAUGUCACUUACGCCGCUUAUUCCUGUCCGUCGGAUGACCAUAGGACCAAUUGUAGUAACCAUGGCGAAUGCGACGAAGGCACAUGCCGGUGCAAUCCGGGCUGGAUCGGAGUUGCGUGCGACCAACCGAUUUGUCCAGAUAACUGCAACGAAGCGUACGGCGGUGGCACUUGCACCCCCAAAGGAUGCGUUUGCACCCCCCAACGUUCCGGGGCGGACUGCAGUCGAGACGUUUCCACUGCUGGUUGGAGGUGGCUAUGGAAGGAACCGGGGGAGGGGGUGGAGGAAGAAGCCGCGCCGGCGGUGGCGGGGCACGUGCUGGUGCAGAGGGGGGGAGAAAUAUUGAGGGUGGGGGGGGAAAGUUUUGGACAGGCUGACUUCCUUUAUAGAUAUAAAGUAGCCGAGAACAAAUGGGAGCCCAUAGUGACUCUGGGCGAGUCUCCAGCGCCUCGCUUCGCUCAUUCAGCCGUGUUGUUCGACGACGAACUCAUCGUUUACGGGGGCGUUGUCGCCUCCGACGACACGGAAAGGGGCGGUGAACUGGCUGGCCGUGAAGGCCGAGCUGGUGAAGUAACCAAUGAAGUGUGGCGGCUAAACUUAGCCGCUCCCAUGCUUCAGUGGCUGAAUGCCACUCCCACCAUAUGUGGAAACAGGCCUGCACCCAUGAAACAUUGUGGCGGUCUAGCCGUGUCGGGCCACACGGCGGUGGUGGUCCGCUACAACGACAAGCCGGUGAUGCUGGUGUUCUUCGGCCACUCGCCGCACUACGGCUACCUUCACUUGGUACAGGUAAGAGUGAGUACUGUAACACUGUUGCAGGCGGUCUAGCCGUCCGGUGAUGCUGGUGUUCUUUAGCCACUCGCCGCACUACGGCUACCUUCACUUGGUACAGGUAAGAGUAAGUACUGUAACACUGUUGCAGGCGGUCUAGCCGUGUCGGGCCACACGGCGGUGGUGGUCCGCUACAACGACAAGCCGGUGAUGCUCGUGUUCUUCGGCCACUCGCCGCACUACGGCUACCUUCACUUGGUACAGGAGUACCAUAUAGAGGAGGGUGUGUGGGUGUCGGCCCCAACAGUGGGUUGGGCGGCGCGCGGCGGCUUCGGGCACUCGGCGGUCUUAGACCCGCUGUCAGACCGCGUGUUCGUGCACGGCGGUCUCGUGUCCCAGAGCGAGGCGGCGCAGGCACCGUCAGCAGCCCUUUAUGAAUACGAGUACAAGAGAAGGAUAUGGCGUCCGCUACCGUCCGCACCCACGCCCAGAUAUCUACAUUCCGCCAUUAUAUUAUCUCCAGGUAUUAUGCUAGUCUUUGGCGGUAACGCCCACAACGACAGUGCAGCGGCCGCAGUUACUAACCCCGCCGGCUCACAAUGUUAUUCGGCCGGCGCACUAUUGUAUGAUAUAAGAUGCGGGUCGUGGCGCACGGUGCCGACGCCGAGCGGCGCGGCGCGCGCGGCGGCCGCGGCGGCGCUGCUGCCCGGCGCGAUACGACCCACCGCCAUCUUCUACGGCGGUUUCAACGGCCGCCUACGUUCAGACGCGCUUCUAUUCGAAGCGGGCGCCCCUUGUUCGUCCCACACGAACGAGCUAGCGUGCGUGGCGAACGCGCCGCACGCGUGCCGCGCGUGCGCGUGGAACUCGCACGAACGCAUAUGCGUGCCGGUAAGUGUAACUAUACUACUCUGUAUUACUCUCGAAGCGGGCUCCCCUUGUUCGUCCCACACGAACGAGCUAGCGUGCGUGGCGAACGCGCAGCAUGCGUGCCGCGCGUGCGCGUGGAACUCGCACGAACGCAUAUGCGUGCCGUUGGAGACGGCUGGCUGGAAUCAGUCGUUCGAUGGCACGAUAAAGGCCUGCGUCAGCGAACCUGUGAGAGAUAUUCACCGCUGUCGUUCCGCUAAUAGUUGUGCGGCGUGUACGGCCGCUAAAUGCGCGUGGUGCGGGUCCUGUCAGCCAGAACCCCAGCUCUGCAGCCGACUGUGGCCUAAGAUGGCGCUAAUGGUGGACGAGUGCGCGAGCACAGGAGAGCUAGCGAGGGACGCGUGCGCGCGGUACCACUCGUGCGCAGCGUGCCACGCGCAUCAGCAACACCACCACCACUUAUCUGAAGGUUUAGAAGAACGGUCAUGCUAUUGGGACUACGAGUCCAUCAAAUGCAAGCCGGCUAACUCAUCUGACGACAUCAGGAGCGUGGCGUCAGCCGGGUCGUGCACGGCUCCGUGCGCGACUUUCCACACGUGCUCAAACUGCACCUCCGAGGAGUGCAUAUGGUGCGCUUCCACUGGCCGAUGCGUUGAUAAGAACGCGUACGGCGCGUCGUUCCCGCUGGGCGGGUGCCGGCUGUGGUCGACCUCGAGCGUGUCGGGCGGGUGCGGCGCUAGCGCGGGCGCGGGCUGCGCGCGACACGUGGCGUGCGCCGCGUGCCGCGCCGAGCCGGCGUGCGGCUGGUGCGACGACGGCGCGCGACCACCCACGGGUCGCGGCGUGUGUCUACCCGGCGGGGCCAGGAGACCGCACGAGCCGCACGUCUGCGAGACUUCAAGAUGGUUCUUCACCGACUGCCCCCGCUGCCAGUGCAACGGUCACUCCACCUGCGACGAGAGAGAGGGAGACAGAUGCAUACAGCCCUGCGGCGCUAGAGCAGUAGGGCUGCACUGCGACACAUGCGCGCCGGGACACUAUGGCGACCCGCUCAACGGAGGCACUUGCAAACCUUGUGAAUGUAACGCGCAAGCGGUCGCAUGCGCACCCGACACAGGCCGCUGUUUCUGCAGCACCAAAGGCUUAGCCGGCGAGCGGUGCGACAAAUGCGACAACAGCAACCACUACCACGCCGAUCUGUACAACAAGGGGGCUUGCUAUUAUGACUUAGCCGUAGACUACCAGUUCACCUUCAACCUUUCAAAGAAAGAGGAUCGUCACCUCUCCGCCAUAAACUUCCGGAACGCGCCGGUGAAGGCGGAUGUGGACGCGGACUUUAGCAUCACGUGCUCUGCGCAUGCGCGCAUGAACCUCACGGUCAGGACGCGCUCCGAGCCGGGCGAGCGCACGCUGUUCGCGCACGUCAACUGCACCAACUUCAGAUACAAAUUCGCCAAAUCCGACCACGCCUUCGGUGUCGAAGACAACGUGACGUUAACUACGUUCUUCGUAUACGUGUACGACUUCCGCCCGCCGCUGUGGAUACAGAUCUCCUUCUCGCAGUACCCGAAGCUGAAUCUCCAACAGUUUUUCAUCACGUUCUCGUCGUGUUUCCUACUGCUACUGCUGGUUGCUGCGGCGCUGUGGAAGAUUAAACAGAAAUACGACUUGUACAGAAGACGGCAGCGACUCUUCGUGGAAAUGGAGCAGAUGGCGUCGCGGCCGUUCAGCCAAGUCUGUGUAGAGCUGGAGAAAGGUGGAGCAGGUGCGGGUGUCCCGGCCCCGGUGGCGCUGGAGCCGUGCCUGGGGUCGCGCGCGGCCGUGCUGUCGCUGCUGGUGCGGCUGCCGACCGGCGGCACGGGCCGCGCGCCGCCGCUGGGCGGGCUGGCCGUCGCCUCCGCGCUCGUCACGCUGGGCCACCACCAGGAACACAAGGCGCGCCGCUGACCCUCAACUGACACCAACGUAUAUAACAAAUAUGUGAACGGUGUAUAAAGUGCUCAAACAAUACUCAAUACGUCGAACGUCUCGACU